UAGUGUGGGCACGGCUGGCGUGGGGGACGGACAUAGCGCCAUGACGCCGCGAUACCACGCCCGCAUCUAAACUCGCAACCCCGGCUCGUCUCGGAGAUGGUCAUGGCUGAGAAACUGAAGGCGCCCGUCAAAGUGGGCUUUUAUGAUAUCGAGAAGACCAUCGGCAAGGGGAACUUCGCCGUGGUGAAGCUGGCACGGCACCGCAUCACCAAAACGGAGGUGGCCAUCAAGAUCAUCGACAAGUCACAACUAGACGCCACCAACCUGCAGAAGGUCCACAGGGAGGUGAAAGUACUUAAAAGUCUCGACCAUCCACACAUCAUCAAGCUCUACCAGGUCAUGGAGUCUAAGAAUAUGAUCUACCUUGUCUCCGAAUACGCCAGCAACGGGGAGAUGUUUGACUACAUCGCGAGGUACGGCAGAAUGAGUGAGUCCAUGGCGAGGCGGAAGUUCUGGCAGAUCCUGUCUGCCGUCGAGUACUGCCACAACCGUCACAUUGUACACCGCGACCUGAAGGCGGAGAACUUGCUGAUGGACGUGAACAUGAACAUGAAGAUAGCGGACUGGGGUUUCAGUAACUACUACACACCAGCGGACACCCUCAACACGUGGUGCGGGUCCCCUCCUUACGCUGCCCCUGAGGUGUUUGAGGGCAAGAAAUACAUCGGUCCUGAGAUAGAUAUUUGGAGCCUGGGUGUUGUGCUAUACGUGCUGGUGUGUGGAGCGCUGCCCUUCGACGGUGCCACCCUCCCCGCCCUCCGUGACAGAGUCCUCUCAGGGCGCUUCAGGAUACCCUACUUCAUGUCUUCAGAUUGUGAGCAGCUAGUAAGAAAAAUGCUUGUGUUAGACCCUACGAGACGGUACUCUGUAGAACAAAUUAAGAGACAUCGGUGGAUGCAGGCAGAGGAACCACCCCGCUUGUCUUUCGAUUCUCCCACCAUCAGGGCCGAGAAGACCACUGAUCCUAAUGAACAGGUUCUCAGAGUCAUGCAGGAGCUGGGUAUAGACAUCAACAGGACCAGAGAGUCACUGCUAAGUGAAGCCUACGAUAACUACACGGCCAUCUACCUGCUGCUGCUGGAGCGCUUUAAACAGCACCGGUCAUCCCUACACAGUGAUAAACAUGCAGGUCUGGAACAGCAGCGUCGCAGACCUUCCAGUGUGGCAGAGGCAGCUAUGAGAAAGAUGUGUGCAAUGGUACCCACAGGCAAGGCUUCCCCAACAUCUGCCAACAUACAUGCCACACAGCUCACGGGUUCUUCAGGGAGCACAAUCGGGGGUAUACCGACACCUCCACUUUCUGAAACCUCUACUAUCAUUAGUCCACUGAUCACUCAGGAGGGCAUGAUAGGGAGACCGUAUGGCCAUACAGGAAGAAUAUUACCAGCGAUUCCAGGAGAACAACAGAGCAAUGUGCCACAUAGUUAUAUAUCAAAUUAUUCCAACUUGGGGCCACGUGGGAGUGUGGGAAGUGGUGUUCCUGAAACAGAAGCCAUAAUUACAAGCAUAACGCCCCAUGUCUCCCCUCCCUUCAGAGAAGUAAGCCAGGAUUCUCAAACUGAAUACACACCAGGUUAUCAAAAUGUUACAAGUGGGGGUAUACCGAUGGCAUUAGUUGGCAAAAGUUAUCGUGACAGUGAGAGUGGUGCGUCUACUUCCAUUGAUGAGGGGGUGGAAGCCGACAUGUGUGACUCAGAGUGUGGUUCAAUUGUGGGUGUUACUCGUAGUGGUCAUUGUAUGCUACAGAACAUCAAAAGUGCCUCUCAGCAGUCUUCAGAAACCUCUCAGUGCACUGACUCACCUCUUGGCAGUGUUACAAGCACAGAGUCUACUUUUGAAAGCUUUGAGUCACAAUUAGAGCCUGAUUUAGCAGCUUCACUUUCCUCUUGUUCACAUGCAUCCUUGUCUGGACGACCAUUGAUGCCUGGUGGGAUACAGUCAAGAUCUCUUCAGCCACAAGCUCAGCUGGAUCCAACUUCUGAUGCUCCAGAGCGUGCACACACUCGCUCACCGGUCAACUUCCGUGAAGGUCGACGUGCCUCAGAUGGAUUAGUUACACAAGGUGUUAUUGCAUUCCGGCAAAGAUUACUCGAGACAGAAAAGGCUCGUGGUUUGACCGAACUACACAGUGUGCAACAGGAACACCAAGCUCUUACAUCCCUUUACCAGGCAGCAGCUGUUACAGGUAGUGAGGAGACAGCCACCAGACAUCCACCUCUUCAGCAUCAUCAACACGCACAGUAUUGUCGUCAGUGGAGACAUUCUUACGCUGGCUCAGACGAGAUGAGCCGAGCACCUUUAGUGAGACAAAGAGUAUCAUUGCCAGACACUCUUAGUUUUGCUCCACAAAAGCUUCUUCAUGCCAAAGAUUCCAUCAAAGAUACAGACUACUCAAUAACCAAACCACUACAACAACAACUUUUUCAACAUAGACUCCAACAAAAACGUCAGAUUUUACAAAAACAGGCAGCAUUCCCAAGACAAUCGUACCCUGUUGGUUGUGAGCUUUCUCGGAGGCAAAUGGUUCGGCAAGCAUCCUAUAAGCUAGCACAACAACAGCCUGUAUUACCGCCGCUCCCUGCUGAACUUAGUGCUGCACAUCUUCUUGCUGGGUUGAAUCAGGCCGACUUGGCAUGUCCAACCAUUGCAGAGCAUGUGGGAUUUGCUGACCAGGAUGAGGAAGGAUGGGACAGCAAUCCAGCAUGGAGGAAUAUCUCCUCCUGGGCACCAGACUCUACAGCUGCAACGUGGCACACACUUCCCUCCACAUUGGCUGCAUGUCAGAUCAGUGAAGCUCAGCAACAGUCUCAGCCUCCAGUCUCUAGUACAGAUACCAGGACGUGGACUGGUCUUCAAGCCUGGCAUGGAGGAUGGCAUCAGGGUGGUGGUGCGGUGGGAGCAGCACCAUGGCAGCCGGUGGUAGGAACGAGUAUUCUACCACAAACUGUGUGUGAGAGUCCCAUCCUGGAGAUGCCGGAACACAUGGAAACUUGAGGUCCAAUAUUUCCUCAUCAGCUAUCCAAAGCAUUAUACAGUAGUGUUUGUCACAGCCAGAAAGACUGAAUCUGAAAUAGCAAACUGAAACCCAUACUGUGUAAUGUUCUUUAACAGUGACUGAAGAUACCUAUUAUAAAACUGAAAAACUUGUCUUACCAUAAUAAGGUUUGCAAGUACUUGCCACAUCAGGCUAGACUUAAACCUUAGGUAAUGAACUGAAACCUGUGUUAAUAAAUGGUCUCUGAAAGUGACACAAGAUACCUAAUCGAAGCAGGUAAACCUAUCUUGCCAUAAUGCCAUAAUAAGGUUUACAAGAAAUAAAAAAGUCCUAAGUAUUACAGAUUUCUUAUAAAUAUGUCACAAACUGCUUCCAGCACCUCAGUAACUCAGUCUAAAACACACAAGCCAUCUAGUCAGUAAUGAGUUUUGCAUUUCUGACUUUUCCACUUGGCUGUAAGGAUAUAGGGAGCGCAAGGUGUCAUAGCAUGUAUUGUAUUUAACAGUAAGGACAGUGUUUAUUAACUGGUGAUAUUGACAUGCUAAUAAUAUCCCAUUUGUGAUGACUACAGAGAGUAACUAUAUUGUAUUGGAGUCAAGGAUUCCAAGACACGGAAGAUUGGAGCGUGUAAUAUUUCCAGCCCAGAAACUGCCAGUUUAUAAAGGAGAUGUCUUUUGUAAGGGGCAAAGAUUAUGUAAAUUAGCCACUGUUUUUGAGAUGGUUUGCUGAUGAUUCCUUAAGGUAUGGUAGAGACCAGGGUGUUAGGUAGAGAAGAACAUGCAUGACAGUGAUUGCAUUUCAUUGCAUCAUCUUUAGUUAAUAUAUUGUAGGCUUCCACCAGAAACAAGACAAGAUUUCUCUGUGGAAUAACAACCAUUUCAAAAAAUAAUACCUUUCCUGUGUAUGAGAAAUUAUUUUCACUGCCAUUGACAACCUUAAGAUGUAUAUUCAGUAAAUAUGAUUUGAAAUAGUAUGGUUAGAUUUGCAGGGCUCCAUAACUCACUCAGUAGUGCUGUGGCUCCCAAACCAUGAGAAGGUUUCAAUUCUCUGAUCAGGCACAGGUAGCUGGGCAUUAUUCUGCCCAGGUGUGCCAUAUCACUGCCCUGGGCUAAGCUAACCUUCCUGGCCUGGGGAGGAUUGCCACACCCAUAGAUUAUGGGAAGUGGCAUGAGGGAUGUUUAAGAGUCAUUAGCUGGAUACUUUAAAGAUUAAUCAUACACUACUGCAAUAACUUACCAAAAAACAAUUGGGGAAAAUAUUCACAAGAGAUAAGGAGUGUCAAAGUUUAGUUAACAAGUUAUAAUCAAAGAUAUCAAUAAUCCUAGCCUGGCAGAAAUCAAAAGAAAUGAUGCAAGUUUAACUAAGGAAAAAUCAUAAAAACAACCUACAGGGUAGUAUAGGUACGUAUUAAUUUUAUUUGAGUAAAAAUUGGUAUUGUACUGAUUCAGUGGGAUAAACUUGUGCCAGAGUUAUGAAUACAAAUUUAAGGGUUUAUGAAUUAUUUAAGGUGAAGAUGUGAAUUACUGUUGCUGCAUCAGUGAUACAGUUCCGGAAAUGUCUUCUUACGGCCCCUGUGGUAACCUGUGCCGCCAAAUGGCAAAGUCGCAGUAGUAGUUUCACUAUUUAUGAAUGAAUGGGUAUUGGUCAUGUAACGAUGGACGUGAUUGGUGUACAUGUAUAGGUUUGCUAUAGGCCGUUUGGUGACAUGGGUUACCACAGGAGGUGUAGGAACACAUUUCUGCAUUGGUAUACUAAACUGAAUCAGUAACAACCUCAGUAAAGUGUGAACUGUACUGUACUGUAUAUAAUAAUUGGGCAUUAUAUUUCUGAAUCAACAGGGUCAUCGUGUAAAUUGUAAAAACAAUAAAAAAAAAACGUAAUGAAACAAAAGACAGCUAUCAGAUAUCAGGCUUGGAGGUAAAUGAACUACAUGUGGCUCUAGAGGUGUGUACAUAACUGUGAGGAUACUAUGAAAUUUACCGUCUGCUCAACAGGAGUCACACAGUCUUCUCAUGUGCAUGAAAAUAUAUACUGUCAGUCCAUUCACAAAUAUUGUGAUUACAUACAUGAUACAUAUAUACAUGAUACAUAUAUACAUGAUACACAUAUACAUGAUACAUACAUUACAUUACAUACUGUACAAUACAUGAUACAUUAGACACAUAAAAGCCAGAUUGUCCUCAGGUUUGGGUUCAUUAUUGAUAUUUACUAUGUUUAUGGUAGUACACUUUCUGUAACUAACACGAAUGUUACUAAAGUGAUGAAACAAAAACAAGUGUUGAUAUAUAUUGUCAACAAGGACACUGCCGUUGGGGGUCGGGGUCAUUGUGUUCUCUCCUGGGCAAAAUUCCUUCUCAGGCAGUCUUUUAAGUUAUGAUGCUCUAUAGACACUUUCUAGUCAUUAAUGUUUAAUGCAGGAAAAAUAUAACCACUGAGCAUGGAAUAGUUUGCUGAAGCAGUCGUGCAUUAGUCUAAAUUUUAUCGGAAGUAUAGAAAUUGAGAUUAUAUGUUUUGUUCAUUGUAUUUAUUGAAAUUGCAUUUCUUGAAGGGAAUUUCAAAAUAUAACUUAUGUACCAAACUCUAAAUGCUUCUGCAGACUUUUCCCUAAAGUGGUUUAUUCUCCCACAUGGAUUCCCAGAAGGUUGACACACACAGUCAACACCAACAUCAGGCAAACUUUAAGAAUUUGGGAUGAUGGUAAUGUGUACAGUUUUCCCCCUAACUAAAAUUUUUCCUUAACUUUUAACUUUGAUGAAUAGUGAGUACUCCUUGCUCAUAGUUCCCUCAUCUGCAUAUCCAAGAAAAUUUAUUAACAUGACCCUUCCCUUAAUACUUAAGCCUGGAGUUUUAAUCACCCUCUGCCAUUGACGGGGGUCGUCGUGUUUAUAACCAAAGUUUAAAAAAAAUUUGAGGCACAACGCACACUAGCCUACAGUUCUUGACGGGGAGUGUGGAGGUAAAAUGAACUAAAUCCAAUAUUAUAAGUUAAUUUAACUGCCACACCUCUGUGUCGAGCACUACAGUGCAGCAUCUUUCGUGACUAAAUUUUUUUAAAUCGCUUGUAAACACAACGACUCCCGCGAAUGGAAGAGGGUGAUUAAAACUACAAGGCUAACCCUUUGGGUAAUCUUAUUGCAUGUGUGACAAGAUUAGACUAAAUCUUAUUGAAUGGUUAUAUAUACAGUAUAUCCAUGUUACAUGGAGGUAAAUCAUGAUAGAUCUGGAUAAAACAUAAAUAUAUAUAAGCUAACUCUUGAACAUAUACAGUAAGACUUGCUUACCCAUAAUUAUAUUAUUAAUGAAAUAGAAAAGAUUCAUGGCAAAAUUACAUGUUUAGAAUCCCUGUCACCAGUUAAAGGUCAUUUUCAAUCCCUUACUUUAGAAGUGUAAAUGCUGUCUUUGAUUCAUGAAGAAAAUUAAAGUAUUGACAGUGUAUGCAUUUGUACAGUUGCGGAAAUGUGUUUCUACACCCCUUGUGGUAACCCUUUGUCACCAAACGGCAACAUCGCAGUAGUAGUAUCACUGUUUAUGAAUGAAUGGGUAUUGGUCAUGUAAUGAUGGACGUGAUUGGUGGAUAAGUUUGCUAUAGGUCAUACAGGUCGGCCAUUUGGAGACACGGGUUACCAUGGGAAAUAGGAACACAUUUCUGCAACUGUACAUGUACUAUAAAUGAACUGAUUUAGACUGAGUAUUGUGAACAUGAGUUAGAGUUAAGAGUGAACUCUCUCAUAUUGUGGAGAGUGACCAUCCAUGUGUCUGGCAGAUCAACAUGCAACACAUUGUUUACAUUUGAGAAUCUGAUUAGGUAAUGUCUGAUUCUUUCCAUAUGUGAUAAAAGUUAUUGGUUUGUGCAGUGCAGUUCUGUUGUACUGUACAUGGAAAAAUUAUCAGAUUUACUCUAACUUUAACCACAAAUGCCAGGCAUUUUUACUUCAUGCUAAGUCAUGGAGGCUUUAGAAAAUCAUAUCAUCCAGUGUAAAAACUUUUGUAUCAUAUUAUUAAGGCCAAAAUCAGGGAUAAUGGAUGGUGAGUAUCAUUUAAUUUUCAUAUCAAAAUAACUCAAUACUAUGAUAUGUCUUGAUGAAUUAAUGACAGUACAGUCCAGUAUGUUGGGAAUAUUGAGAAAGACUUUUCUUGAGCCCAUGGUGGUGACUGUACUGUACAGUAUCCUCAUGGCUCAAACACACUUCAUUCCCAAAAAUAAAUUAAUUGGGUUUGAUAUCUUAGAAGCUCCUAGAAGUAAAAAGUAAACUGGUUGAAUUUGAUAAUUUUGGAGUUCGUAGAGGUUAAUAGAUCGCUACUGUACUGUACAUUACUGUAUUAGCUGCCUGACCCCAAGGGAUAUUGUUGAAGCAUUUUAUUUCUUCCAGGGAAUAAAUUCAUUGUAAUGUUUCUUCAAUAAUUCUUUUAUUGUACUAUUUACCUGUGAGAUACUGAUGUUGGGUAGAAUAUAACUUUAUUAUUAAACUUAUUUGUACUCUCCUUAUAUUCAUCCAAAUGUUUAAAAGCAAUUCAUAUACAGUACUGUAUUGUACCUAACAUGUACUCGGUAUUUUCUUGAUAGUUUUAUGUGUAAUCAAAAAUGAAAACUCUGUUACUCUCAGUAAGUUUACUUUCUUUUUCAGUCUUCCACCUAAAGUCUUUUCACAUAUACUAUAAAGCUUUUCAACUUUUCUGACCAACAUAGCCAGUCACUCUCACUUGUAAUUAGUAUGAAACAUGCUAUGAACCUUCCCUCGUGGUCCUCUUGAUCCAAAAUAUUUAUUCAUAAAUAUGACUUGAGUAUAAUUCCAAUAUUGAUAUAGGAUUUCAAAUUCCAGUCCUUCAUGACUCAUUAGGAAUAAUUUUUGGAUAUUGCUCAUCACCUUCAGUUAAUGUUCUUACCGUAGUCAGUAAGAUUAUAACUAAAAACUUUUGUAAAAAUAUUAAGUACUGUACAGAUAUUAGCCAGGGUCUAGGUGUAGGAUGAUGGAUGUUUUUACAAUGUGUCUAAAGAUGAAGUGUUGCCUGUUUUUUUAAUUAUUGAUUUGCUGAGGGUCAGUGAAGGAGCUUUAAGUAACUUACUAACUGAUAAAAGGUGCCGUACUUCAGUUAACAACACUUGUGGAGUCCCAACCCAAGAGUCAUGUGUCCAGCCCCACAACUUGGCAGGUAUGACAAGACAUUAUGAUGUUAACAAAGCCAGUUUCUUUGUCAUGUCAGGGUACCAGACUAUAGCUAAUCUUUCUAAUCUAAGGUUUGAGAGGACACAUGACCUAAGGCACUACAGUGUAUUAUUGAUCACAAAAUGGACUGAUUCCAAGAAAGUGUUUGAUGAAGAAAAAUAUAGAAAAGAAAAUCCGAUGCCACAAUGUUGUUGUUUGAGACAUCUAGUCAGUGGGAUGCAGGUAUUAUUUAUAUUUUUUGUAGAAUAUAGCAUUUCAUGAUGAUCUUCCCUUAAAAGAAAUUAGAUAGACUAUAUACAGUAAACUGAGUAUGAAGAACAAUAAUAUUCUACCUUUUAAGCAUUAUGCAAGUUUAUUACAUGUUUGAAAUUAACAAAGAAUAAUACUCGGCAGUUUCAGAGGCAUCUGUGUACAGUGUGUGACUGAAGCCUAACCAGAUCAUAUCGAAAUACAUAAGCACCCCUAUUAGCUCAAAUGUGUAUAUUAUAUGUGCAAACUAGAACCUGUAUUAUAAACGGGAGAACUUACAGAUUCUUAUUUUUCUAGAGUGUGGGAUGAUGCUCAAAUAAGUGACACAUUAUUGAACUAAAUUUUCUACUAAGUUCUUACAUUUUUCUUUAAAGUGGCUGUACUGUAUGUCGGUCUUAUAAAUGAAAGCUUGAAUGUGAUCAUUAUUAAGAAAUAAUGAAUAUAUACUUGUGCAGGGUACUAAGGAAGUUUUUGAUAAAACAGUUGACCAUUUGUUUUGUUUGUAAAUUAUCAGUCACAAGGUACUGUACUGUACUAUAUUGGUUAUGAAUACUACAGUACAGUACAGUAUAAUUGGAAUUUUUAUGCUGAGGUGAUGUUUUAUUGGGGUGAUUCUUAAAUGAAUUAUGUAUAUGAUAUGUGAUGAUCUAGAAAUGAUUGGUGUAGCUUCUCCAGAUCUAGGAUACUGUUAAAGGUACUGAACACUGCAUAUGGUAUAUAAGUGGGUAUUUAUCUCCCCUAGAUCUGACAAGGCACCAGCCCAGUUACUUACUUGGUCACAUAUAAACUUUUGAACAUAGUUUUGGAAUACCUCAUGUCAAGGAUCCUAAUUUCUCUGUGAUUGGAGACCACACAUAAAACUGUCAAAUUUGGUUUCAGGUAAACAUUUACAGCCGUAGUGUAUGAAAGCCUACGACACCACGCAUCAUUCUCCAGAAGCAAUAAAUAAAGCACUGCAGUAACAAAUUCCUCAUGUUUUUCUAAUGUCAAGUGACUAGUGUUGAAUACUGAACUCCAUUACUUAUUCACUUUCAUAAGUUUUACCAUUAUUUACUUAAAUUUAUUUUGAAAUAUUCUAUAGCCUAACCUGGAGUACAAAACUCCUCCAAGACUGUACUGUACUAAAAUCAGUUAAAACCUCAUACUGGACUGUUGUCUGGCAGAAACAUUGGCAAUAGUGUACUGUACAUCUCUACUCCAGACAGAAAAGUUAGUUUCAGUUUCAAAAGUUUCUGUAGCCAGCUUAUUUGUUCUAACCCAAUCAUAUUUGUAUUUUCUAGUGUUGCAACUUUUUGUGACCUUGACUUCAAAGCCACGAGACUUUCCAGGGCUUUGUUGACUCAUCAGUCAUUUACAAUGAGGGUAACGUUCCAUAAAAUUGGACAGUCAAGUGAAGCAGUUUCAGAUUUGUGUGACAUAAGAUGUCUUUCUGAGUUUAUACAGUCACACAUUGUUCAUUCCUUAACAGGAAAGAAAUGAAACACCUAACAUUGUAAAUCAUAUUUUAAUGUACAAUCUUACAAUUAUUUAAUAAAUAAUUGAGGUUGUAAAAUAUAACUUCACAAUGCUUGACUGUCAGUGAUAAAAUAAGGCCAUCCUAAGUUAACUAUGUAUGGUCUGUGACCUACUUAAAGUAUGUGAUAAAAUUUUAGGUUAUAUAAGGCUGAAUUUCAUUGAUAAUUCUUUACACUGUUUUAUAUUUUAUUGCUACUGUAUUAAGGUCAUCACUGUUAUCUAUAUAUAUAUAUAUAUAUAUAUAUAUAUAUAUAUAUAUAUAUAUAUAUAUAUAUAUAUAUAUAUAUAUAUAUAUAUAUAUAUAUAUAUAUAUAUAUAUAUAUAUAUAUAUAUAUAUAUUUUGUAACUGAACUACUGUAUUUUCAAAAUAUCCAUUCCUGAUAACUUGGUCAUAGGUGUUGCAUUACUGUGCACACCGUAUUGUAUUCUAUGAUUUUAUAAAAUAUGGCCAUUAAGAAAAGAUCAUUUUGAACAACUUAAAGCCUUUCGUCAUAUACCUGGUUCAACAAUGUAAGGGCAUUACAGCACCCAGUUUUGUGUACUCUUCCAUUAGUGGUAAUUUAUUAUUUAUAUACAGUGCUGGGUCUGCAGAACAACCAAACUGACAUGAGUUUUCUUCAUGAACUACAAGUUUAUGCCAGUUGCUGAACUUGUGGAAAAAUAACAUUGUAUUCUUGCCUUUUUGUGAUGAAUGACAGUGUCUGCUUUAAAAAAAAAUUUGUUUAGAAAUUGUUUACCAAGUAAUGUUGACCAUUACUUGUAGUGUGUGGUAUGCUAAGCACUGCUUCUAAUCAAAUCAUUUAAUCUAGGAUAUUAAAACUCACAUCAACAGAUUUGUAAAUCUGAAUCCAGCAUACCUUAAUUGUUCUCCAAAUUUUUACACACAAUUUUUUUCAUGUGUACAGUACAGCCCUCGGUGAACCUCCGUUGUGUAUCAGGUUAGAAGUCGUAGUGAUACAGUAUACAUCAACUUCUAGAAGUGCUGCUGUACUGUACAGUAUACGUAACUGACCUUUUUCUCUGGCUAAGAAAACAUGGUACUGUACAUGUAGUUAUAGACUUGACCUUGUUAAUGACAGGAUUUUUUUUAACCACUUGAGUUUCUUCUCAAAGCACAGUUGUCUAGUAAGAUUUUGGGCAUGGGCACCUGUUAAAUGUGUCUCUUAAACUUCUGAAGCUCUAAAAAAGUAAAAUCAGUCAUGAAUUACAGGGUGAGAAACAGUAGAUGUCUGAACAACUUUUGCUGCCCUACUUAUGUAAGAUGAGCGAGCCAUCAAACAAAUUAUUAUUUUAUCAGUGGUAUUAAACAGUCGGUCGAGUCUGUCAUAUUUAAAUCACAGUGGCAGUAAUCAAUUUGAAAUUAAUUUAUUACCUCAGCUAGGGAAAAAGUUGCAAACUUUUUUCAUAACAUUUGAAGUGUUUAUGUGUAUUCUGGAUAUGGAUACUCAAGUGAAUUUUCCCAGCUGGAACUUAACAUUGUUUCAGUGUUGAAUUGAUGUAGAAACAAUUUUGUCUUGUCAUUUCAACGUUUAUUCAACACGAAAUCAACAGCGUGUCUCUGCUAGGAAAUGUGCUCUACUGCAAGCAAUGCUUAGUGAGACUCCUCUUGAGCUGGUCUCAUUACAAACACAAAUGUCUUAGAUGUUAUCCACUUCUUAUUUUUUUCCUGACAGCAUAUGGGUGAUACUAAUUUUAGAAAUGCUUCCGCCAAUGAAUUUUCACGCUUCUUUUGUUGUGUAAGCCAGCCUCUCCGUGGCUUUAUUGAAUCUGUUUUGUACUGAAUAUUUGCCGUUAUUUAUUUGAUAUGUUCCCCAUGACUCAUUACCAUUUUCUAGUCAUUUAUCUGCAUUAAGUAAUAUGGUGAUGCAUUUUGUAUAUUAACACAGCUUCUGUUCCCUACAUAAUAUACAUUUCAUAUGCAAUAUAUUAUAUGUAAAGAUGAAGACUUGUGUUAUGUAUGUUUAUACAUAGUUGCCUAGCAUAGAGCUGUGUAUUUUUAUGUAAACAAUUGAAAACAAUCUCCAAAAUUGAAAUAAAAAUGGAGUCUU